UGCCAUAUCUAUUAGGUUUAUCAAGAUUAACGUCAAGAAUACUUUAAAUUAUUGCAUAUCAAUAUUUGAAGCUUAAUGUUUACAGUUUGUUAUUUUGUUGCUUGACAAUAAAUAGCAAAAAAUUUGCAUUGAUAUUACGGAUUAUUUCUGAAAUAUCUCAUUAAAGAGGAAGCUUUGUAAGAGUAUUAUAUCCUUUGAGGGUAAUUAAUUAUUAAAUAGUAUAUUAUAUUGGUAAAUUAAAUGGUGCCACGAACUUCGAUUGAAGAAAUCCACCCUUCGUUUUGGUUAAACCAAUUGUCACAGAUCCCUGUCUCUAUGUACUUGGUACAAUACAAAGACUAACUCUCUGUCUUGAAGUUUGAUGUACUUUCGGCUUAUAGAAAAAGAAAAAAAGAUUAAACAGUAGUCAUGUUGCGGUCUGUUCAUCUCAAGAACUUUGUGGGAUUUAAAGACUAUCAGGUGAUGGACUUCUCAAACAAUGGGCCUUUCAUUCUCAUCGGCGAAAAUGGUUCAGGUAAAAGUUCUGUUUUAGAAGGUAUCCGACGGUGUUUAAAGCUGGAACUUAGUACAUCAAUAUCUUCAGUAUUUGACCCGGAAAAAAAUUCUUAUUUCAUUUGCAACGUUGAGACUGAUAGUUCACCAAGUAAUGACGUGGUACUCGGUAUCGUGUCCAAACCUCUUAAUCCUAAGCGGAAUCAAGGCAGACAAGAUGAGAUGCAAAAAAGUAGUGGUGCCGAAGAAGUGAAUUCUGAAAAAGAUUCAUCUGGUAAAGAAUCCCAAACAGACGUUAUUUACAAGAGAAAUCCAUCUGGAAACGAAUCCACAAUUACAAGUACCAUAGAAGAGUAUUACAAAUUUGCCAUUUCUAAAAAUGAUCAAAUACUGGUUGAUCUCAUUACUUUAACAAAAUCAGGGGAUAAAACAGAUCUUCAGGUGUCUGAGAGCUACAUGCUUAGCAAUGAAAACUCAUCCGUUAACAUAAACCAAUGCAUUGAAACUUUUUCAAAUGUAAAUAAAAAAGAUGAAGUCAUAGAGGAUUGUAUCAAGUCAAUUUUAGUAAAUCUCGACAACGCCCCAAAGACUUCUCCAGACAAAUUAAAUGAAAAAUUGCGCACAAUGACAGAGCAGUUUGUUUUUACAUUCCCGUCGCGGUCAACGGCUCCUUAUCAGUGGUCUGAAAGUAAACGUCACACCAUAGAACAUCGAAAUGAAAAUUACGAAGAGGCAGUAAACAGAUGCGAAAUAAUAAACUAUUAUUAUAACCACUUAGAUGAGUUUGACAAGGACAAGGAAGAAACCUAUUUCAGUCAAGUAACACAAGGUGAAGAUGACAACUUCGAGCAGAUGGUUACAGGAAAGAGCCGUCCAAAAAGGGGCAGAUUUGCUUUGAUAAAAACGCCAGAAGGAAUUUUAGGAACGAAAGAAUUUUCUAUUCUUAUUUCAAGCAAACAAUACAAGACCAUUUUGCUUGAAGAACCAGAGAGAGGAAUGCAUCCACAAUUCGUACAAAGAAUGGUUCAGAUAAUGAAACAAGAGAAAAGCAACAAACGUGUUAUUCUCACUACUCACCAGAAGGGAAUAAUAACUCCUUGGACAAUAUUUGACACAUUUAUCUUCAGGCGCAGUGAAGAAGGAAACCGAAUUAUAUCGGGCAAAUCUGUCAUUGACGAAGAGGAAGUUGUCAGUAUGAAGGACAUAAGAUUGUUUACAUCACAGCACAUUUCGGACAUUGUCUUUGCAAGGAAAGUUUUACUUUACGAAGGUGAUUCGGAGGAACUUUUUCUCGGAGAACUUAAAAGUCAGAUUCUUACUGGUGAUUGCAGUAUCACAUCAAAAUUGUUCAAUGGAGAUGAUGCUGCAUGCAACAAGUUGAAGACCAGUCUAAUAGAGUACACAUUUAUCAAGAUGAAUGGUGAAGGCCAGAGUGAAUUCUAUCACAAAAUAUCUGACAAACUCCAGCUAGAUCACUUAUUCCUUUUGGAUAAAGAUAAGGGUCAAACGGAGCAGAGACAUGGCCGAACAUUCUAUUGGAAGGAUGGCGACAUUGAGAACAUGGUUUUAAACAUGUGUACAAACAAUUCAGAGCUUAAAACAGGUCUUAUCGAACAGGAAGUUAUUGUCGACAAUCCAAUUCGUAUUAAAACCCACAGAGGCAGAGGCAAACUUUUCCUUGAUAAACGUAUCACAUGUGAUAACAUCACAAAGAGUGUAAGACUUCUACUAGAACACUGCCAGCAAGGAGACGACCUUGCCUUGUUUAUCAAAGAGUUGAAGGACUAACUUUUCUCAUAAUAUAGACUGUUGAUUAUAUAUCUAUUUGCACUGAAAUUUUAAGAACGUGAAUACCUUGAAAACAAAAGCAAAGGGUUAACAAUAAGGGCCUUGAAAAUUUGUUUGUUUGAAUCUGUUUGUGAGAAACUACUCACAGACAACCUAGCACCUAGUUUAUAAACACAUGCACACGUAGCUCAAUAUUAUGCACAUUUUACCUUUGACAUUUUUGUUUGUUUUUCGCCGCUUUUAAUACAGUUUUUAUUGAUUUUUGUCAUUUUAAUAAUCAAACAUGGACUUUGCAGUCUUUGUUUACAUAUGUAAAUACAUUUUCACAUGCAUCAUCGAUACAAUCUAUGAACUAAGCAAGAUUUACCAAGAGUGCAUUUGUAAAAGCACAUAAAAACAUUCGUUAUUUUUAUUGAUAUGCAAAAUUUGGAAAGUAUGGUUUAGCGUGGGCUGUAGUUGUAGUUUUAGGUAGGAUAUUUCUGGGUAACGGUCGGGAAAAAUCUUAUUUGUAAUCUCCCUUUGCUUGGAUGCACUUUUCGCUCGGAAGACUUCUUUUGUUAUAAUAUUCAGGCACUGAAAACAUGUUGCUACACGUACCAACUGAGUAAGACUCGAUGUGGCGCUCUCUCAUUUACAUUUAUUGUAUUGGUGUUGGGUUGAGCCAAAAAUCACAUUGAAAACGAUCAGAGCUGUAUGGGAGGAUGAGGUAUAAUUUCAAUACUUCUGUCGCAUCGGUAAGAAAUAAGUCUUGAUUUAACGCAUACCGGUACAUGAACGGACUAAAGCCUAGUAUUGAGCAACUGCCAAAUAACUAAAUCUUGGUUAAAGACCCUAGUGAUACUCGUGCCUUCUAGUACUGAAACUCUAUAUUCAAUGCCCUGGCUAUCUGAAAAAAGUGUGUACAUGAUGCCUUCUGUGGCAUUUGAUAACCCUCUCUAAAAACUUUGUCUUAUUCUGAUAAAAUUUCAAACGCGGUAAAGCCAACAAAUACGCACACUACUAUGCGCCGCUUGCUCUUCUUGAAAAUUGUUGUCAGUACAUGUACAUGACCCAACUGAAAAUUUUAUUCUUUUAUAAUUCAAUUUGGAACUAUGUCCAGAUUUUUGUUGAAGUAUUCAAAGUUUGCCUAUGAAUGUAAGUAAUGCUUGAAAUAAUCAAAAGAACAUGUAUUUUAAUCUACAUCCGUGUUCAGAACCAUCAUAAGCUCGCGGCACUCUAAAUAUCAAGGGGUAAGCGCGAAAUUCAAGUUAGUGCCGAACACGGACGGCAUUCAUAUGGUUAUUGUGUUAAAGAAUAAAAUAUCAAGAAUAAAAUAAGUGAUGACGAGUUAAAGACAUACCAGUUUUAUU